AUGGAUUCUCCCUUACUUCCAACAUUCCGAAGAGCUGUUCAACCUUCUUCUCCAUCCGAAAAUAGCAUAUCACUAGCUGAUUUAUCAUUAGCAUCAACAUCUUCCCCUCUUCCAGAUCCUCCCUCCGGCUCGAACGGGAAUCACGUCCCUUCUCAACCUUCUCAACACCCCAUCACUUUCUCAUCAUCUUCUACAACCUCCUCCUCCUCUCAUCCCUAUGUACCAAAUGAGAAUCCAAAAGAAGAGUAUGAAGAUGAAGAAGAUGAAGAGACUCCCAUCAAAGUGAAACGUCAACCACGAUUUUCACUAUUCGCUCAACCUUCUCAACUUCCUAAUUCACUUGGACAGUCUCAGUAUAAAUCAGGCAGACAAUCUCCUACAUCUUCACAUACUAUCAGAAAAGAUAAAACACAACAUCGUGAAGUCUCCCGGGACAGACAAGAAAAACGAUUUGAAGAAGAUGGAAAAAUACUCGUUGAGAGAAAAGAUGGUAAAGAUGAAGAGGGAGAUGUGAGUCUUGAUGAAGACGAAAGAUCAGAAGGAAAAGAGGGGAUGCGAGGGGAAGAAGAGGAAGAAAACACUAUACAUCCUUCUUCUAGACAGAAGGAAGAUAAAUUGAGAGAAGGAUUAUACGAACUGAAAAGGAUGAACGAAAUUUUCGAUGGGUUUUUAAAUGCUUUGGAAGCUGCUAAAGGGCAUAAUGAGCGUCUCGCAACUAGAGUUCAACAAACCUCUCAGUUGUUAGAUCAAUAUACAGCUAUUAUGGGUCAAACGGAACAUACACAAGACCUCAUUUUGAAUCCUUUAUGGACCGGUGCGGAGGAUGAUGCGGCAGCAUUAGCAGAAGCUGAAGCAGCUCGACUGGCAGCAUUACGGAAAGAGGAGGAAGAAGCAGAAAUAGCUAGAUUGAAAGCGGAAGAACAAAAACGUUUAACGGUGGAAAGAAAUACCAAAGUUUAUACUGGAACUUCUUCCCGUGGUCGAGGUCGGGGAGUGGGACGAGGAGUCACACUUAACACUAGACAAAGUUUGUUACCUACAGCUAUCAAAAGACCACCAUCUACACAAAGUCGAAGUACACGUGGAGGUACAGGAGGAGGGUUAUAUGCUAAUGUUCAAAGUAGCGGAUAUGGACCUCCUGGAAGAAGGUAG